GGAACGCAGAGGGGCCGCGCGGGAGGGCGCCUCCGGGCCGCUGGUCUUUAACUGGGCUGGCAAGGCCAGACCCCACCCAGCCUCUUUCCUUAGCCUGCUUCUGUUUGGUCUGGGUUACCACCCCGGUUGCAGGCCCCCGUGCACCCCGCAGGUGAGAGGGGUCCAGGGACCCCGCUUCCUACGGAAGUCAAACUGGAGGAAGGAGGGCAAACUCGGGGAGGCGGGGCUCGGUGCCACUGGGCAGCCGAGACGGCCCGCGGUCCUCAACCCCCACGCCGCUUCAGAUCCGGGAUCCGAGCGCUGGCCGGCGACCCGGCACUCUCGCGGCCAGAUGGCGGAUCCCCGCCCAGAUCCUGAAUCAGAGCCCGAAUCCGUGUUCCCACGGGAGGUCAGACUCUUCGCCGACUCCUACUCGAAGAAAAGCCGGUUCUAUUUCUGUGGUCACGUGCUGAGCAUCACGGAGAACUUCGGGUCCCGCCUCGGGGUGGCAGCGCACGUGUGGGACGCGGCUCUAAGCCUGUGCAACUAUUUCGAGAGUCAGAAUGUGGAUUUCCGAGGCAAGAAAGUGAUCGAACUGGGCGCUGGGACGGGCAUCGUGGGUAUCUUGGCAGCGCUGCAGGGGGGGGAUGUUACCAUCACUGACCUGCCCCUGGUCCUAGAACAGAUCCAGGGCAACGUCCAGGCCAAUGUGCCGGCUGGAGGCCGGGCCCAGGUCCGCGCCUUGUCCUGGGGGAUUGACCAGCAUGUCUUCCCUGGAGACUAUGACCUGGUGCUGGGGGCUGAUAUCGUGUAUCUGGAGCCCACCUUCCCACUGCUGCUGGGGACCCUCCAACACCUGUGCGGGCCCCAUGGCACCAUCUAUCUGGCUUCCAAGAUGAGAGAGGAGCACGGGACAGAGAGCUUCUUUCAGCAUCUCCUGCCCCAGCAUUUCCAACUGGAGCUGGCCAAGCGGGAUGAGAAUGAGAAUGUUAACAUCUAUAGGGCCAGGCACAGGGGACCAAGACCUGCUUGAUGUCACCCUUCUGCUCCUCUGAACGCCUUGUUCUAAUGAAGGAACUGCCAUAUGUCCAGAGCCGUAAACAUAAGGACCAAAAACGAUGGAUUUCCCUUGCCUCUGUCUUUCCUCCUUCCCUUUUUGUUUCCUGAGAUACUCUUGGGCAGGUGCAGGGAGGUGCUAUGUGCUAGGAAUACUAGAGCCCUAGCUGUACCGGGCUAGAGUGCAAAGGAAAUUCCCAGUUCCUGUUCUCAGCAGUGGAAGAUGGGAGGGUAUCCAGGAUUUUACGGGGAGGGGAGGUAAGUGGGAUGUGUGAACAGUGGCUGCAGAGAGACAGUCAUGAUCCCAUCUAGUCCUGCUGUUGUCUUUUUAUACAGAAUGGAUUUUUUUUUUCCAGAUUCUACUGGAAUUUUUUAAAAAGGAAAAUAGGGCUUCUCUGGUGGCGCAAUGGUUGAGAGUCCGCCUGCCGAUGCAGGGGACGCGGGUUCGUGCCCCCGGUCCGGGAAGGUCCCACAUGCCGCGGAGCGGCUGGGCUCGUGAGCCAUGGCCGCUGGGCCUGCGCGUCCCGAGCCUGUGCUCCGCAGCGGGAGAGGCCACAGCAGUGAGAGGCCCGCG